AUGGCCAUGGUGAGCGGGGGAUGGGGCAACCCUAACGGGGAGACCAACGGACUGGGUGGGGAGAAGGCUUACCUGCGUGGGGAUGAGGAGGGCUCGCCCCAGGCCGGGAGUGAUGUGGAGGUCGGAGACGAGGACAAAGCGUGCGUGGUGGACUGUGUGGUGUGUGGGGACAAGUCCAGUGGUAAACACUACGGCGUGUUCACCUGCGAGGGCUGCAAGAGCUUCUUCAAGAGGAGCAUCAGAAGGAACCUCAACUACUCCUGCAGGUAGGCAGAGGUGGCACCACUGGUUCAAAAGCGGUGUGGCAAAAUUUGUGCAUGUCUUUUCUGGGGCCUGGAGUUUUCCUGAUUGCAUGAGCUGGUCAUGUAAAACUCUGGGUCCUAUUAGUAGGCUACGACAGGGUCCAACGUUAACCCAACCGGGUCAGUUGGCCAAAAAUCUACUGACCCGAGCAGAAUUUCUACUGUCCCGGACAUUGUGUAGUUCUUAAAUGGAUUGGGGUCAUGUAGGGCCUAUGGGUUAGCAUGCUUUCUCUCUAUAGUCAGAUAUGAAUAGGCUACUGUGAUUAUUGUGAUAAGUAUUAAAAAGCGGUUUAAUAUAAUUUAGCAAUGCAAGUUAUUGUUCUAUUCUUUAGAAUUACAUUGUAUUUAAUCACAUUCAUUUUUGUUUCUAAAGUAUGUCAUUUUGUGACGUUUUUUUUUUACAUCUCAAAAUAGGACGCUGUCCCUUUAAGACAAUUGCAUUCCAAAAGAGAUACUGAUCUCGAUCUGGCUACAGUAGGCUAGCCAAGACCAAUGCUAAAGAUUUUUUAUUUUUUUUGCAGACUAUCAACAGUAGGCACCAUAUUGCUAGUACGUUCACUAUUGAAUGUUUACUUUGUAAAUAACUUUCCCUAAAAUAAAUAAGCUCAGCGAGUAGAUUGAUGGGCACUUCUUUUUGUCCAGGCCAGCUCACCUGUACUGUGUGAACGUAGCUAUGAAUUACCAAAAGUAUGUGGACACCUGCUCGGAGUUGGUCCCCCUUUGCUGCUAUAACAGCCUCCACUCUUCUGGGAAGGCUUUCCACUAUAUGUUGGAACAUUGCUGUGGGGACUUGCUUCCAUUCAGCCACAAGAGCAUUAGUGAGGUCGGCACUGACGUUGGGCGAUUAGGCCUGGCUCGCAGUCGGCGUUCCUAUUCAUCCCAAAGGUGUUCGAUGGCAUUGAGGUCAGGGCUCUGUGCAGGUCAAUCAAGUUCUUCCACACCGAUCUCGACAAACAAUUUCUGUAUGGACCUCCUGGCAUCCGCCAAACCCAGAUUAGUCCGUCAGACUGCCAGAUGGUGAAGCGUGAUUCAUCACUCCAGAGAACGCGUUUGCACUGCUCCAGAGUCCAAUGGCGGCGAGCUUUACACAACUCCAGCUGACGCUUGGCAUUGCGCACGGUGAUCUUGGGCUUGUGUGCGGCUGCUCGGCCAUGGAAACCCAUUUCAUGAAGCUCACGAUGAACAGUUCUUGUGCUGACGUUGCUUCCAGAGGCAGUUUGGAACUCGGUAGUAAGUGUUGCAACCGAGGACAGAUGAUUUUCACCACUACGCGCUUCAGCGGUCCCGUUCUGUGAGCUUGUGUGGCUUACCACUUCGCGGCUGAGCCGUUGUUGCUCCUAGACGUUUCCACUUCACAAUAACAGCACUUACAGUUGACAGGGGCAGCUCUAGCAGGGCAGAAAUUUUACGAACUGACUUGUUGGCAGGUGGCAUCCUAUGAUGGUGCCACGUUGAAAGUCACUGAGCUCUUUAGUAAGGCCAUUCUACUGCCAAUGUUUGUCUAUGGAGAUUGCAUGGCUGUGCGCUCGAUUUUAUACACCUGUCAGCAACGGGUGUGGCUGAAAUAGCCGAAUCCACUAAUUUGAAGGGGUGUCCACAUACUUUUGUAUAUAUAGAGUAUUUCGUAGUGUACAUUUUUUCAAGUUUAAGUUUCACUUAUGCUAGCUAAUGCAGCUAAUUUAGCUUACUCAACAACCUGACUCAGAGGAAUGAUAUUUAUGUUAGCUAGCUGACUCUUCCAAGUCAAGGUAAGCUUUCGGUUUUAUUAAUUUAUUGCCACCAGGGCCCGCUGGUGUAACUACUAAACUGCUUGCUGUGUACACUGUACAGCGUGAUUGUACACAUGGAUUGGAUUGUGGGUUUACUAACGCGUUAGUUCUAGUAGCUUUUGUUGACCAUGACGUAACCUUCUGUGGCGACAGCGAUUUAGGCUGUGUAUAGCGGAUAGCGGUUAUGGUAUAGAGGUUUGGCUUGGAGAGGUUUUUUCGCCUGGUCACAGACAGCUGUUAUGUUGUGCACUGAAGUCCACAAGUGAAAGGAAAAAUGUGAGAGGAGGAGAGCGCGUAGAUGUGAUGGUGCUGUAUGUGGCUGCUAUGAACGUGAACUGUGUGUGCGGGUGAUCAGGGGUGUAUUCAUUUAGCCAAUUCUGUAGCAAAAUGUUUCUUAAACGGAAGCAAACGGAACGAAACGGCGAGGGACCUAACUGAAUUCUCCCAGUAGAAACUCUCAUUUUAUGUUUGGACUAAUGAUUACACCCCAGAUCAGUUAGAUGCAGGCAAAAGUGUGCAAGGCGGUAUUGAAUGUGCCACUGUCUGUCACCUUAAUUACCCCAAUUUAUCUCUCGAACUGUGCACCUACGUCGUAAACUUUUAUUUGUAGGCUAGGUUGUAGCAACCUCAUGAUGGGUACACAGCGAAACGUACCAUGUAGCAUUGAGCCGGGUGAAUGGAAUAUGAAUGACAGUCAUCCAAUAUGCUGUAAAAUGAAACGGCACUGACCCCCACUGGCUGGGAGGGAAGGCACACACACUGUUUCUUACUUGAGGAAGCUCCAUGCGAGGCAGGGGGAGAGACAGUGCAGGACACAGGUGGGCAGGUUGAAGAUGGAACAGAGGCUGGGCUCCAGCGCUGUGGGACCUCCUCAUGACAACCUCAUGAUGGGUAUAGGGCAAAUUCGAGUUUCAGUAGCCUAAACCUAUCACUGUUACAUUGAGCUGGGUGAAUGGAAUAUGAACGACAGUCAUCUGUAAUAGGAAUAAGACCAUGCUCAUCAUUCUUUUUUUUCAAUCUUAAAAGGCUCCAACCGCCACUGUUGCUCAAAUUCAAAUAGCACGAUUUUUCUGCAUGUAGUCUUCAAUGGUUUCAAUGGUAGACUGCGACAGAGCGGGUAAAUGUUGAACUGGAGCAUAAAAAUGCGCUGAAAAGUUACUGGCCCAGUCAGUGCUGCUGCUUUGGAAGUGGUGUGGCCAGAUUGAAAAGUACUGGGGCAAAUGCUGUCUCGCCACACGUUUUCCGGUGGCUCUGCAGGUAGGUGCAGCCGCUCUGUAUAGUCACAAGAAAAUAUGUUCAUGUGAAAAACAAUAACAUAUUUUAAAAAGGUAGUUUAGAAAAUGUACAAGAACCACACAAGUUAAUGUCAAAGGUUACUGUGUACAUUAAUGGAUCCUAUGAAUUCGUAUUCUACUCUUGGUGGUCAUUUAAGUGAUGCCCGAGAAGCCGGUGUUAGGAGGAUAUUUUGGCACAGGUGUUGUUAGGCCAGAGACAAAUUCAUAAAUCUUUAUGAAUUUAUUCAUACUAUUUCAUCCUUCCACAAGAUAUAGUCCCGACACAAAUCUAAGGUUGCUACCCAAGCCGGCUGGUCGUUCGUUGCCAGAGACGCGACCCAGUCGUUCAGUCUUUUUGUUCUGUAUCUAUGGACGCGACCCAGUUGUUCCCUUGCUUGCUAGCUAGCCAACUACGGCUAACUUACAGUCACAUCAAAAAGUGCAGCCAGAAUAACAGCAAUUUGUUUAAGCUGUUUUCUUGUGACAUUUAUUUAGAUAUAUCCAUAACAAUGAGCUAAUGAGGCGCGAUUUCGCCUGGCAUAGAGAAUGUGCUCACUUGUCAGGACACUGUUGUUCAGAGGAGCUAGACAACAACACAGCUAACACAAUCACUUCAAACUGAAGAUGGAAAGACUGCAAACUAGAUGCACUUCAUUUCAUUUUACCUUUUAUCAAUUUACAUUUCUUUGUAUAUAUCCAUAAAAAUGAUGCCAGCUGAUUCAUGAUUUCGACUAGCUGAGAAAACGCUGCCUGCCUGUCUGUCUCGUCCCAACUCCCGACACGUUCAUUACUAUGGGACAGCUGGAGAUCGAAUUUGAAUAUUGAAACAAUGUUGCAAAUGUCGGAGAGACAUACAGCAAGGUUUAUACAAAUGUCUAGAUGCUUUUUAUUGUGGAAAUCAAGUUUAUAAAGUGCCUGGAUGAGCUGAUGAGACAGUGGAUUGCGCAGUCAGAUGGUAACUUGUGGAAUAGACACCGGCUGGAAUGCGGUUUUAACCAAUCAGCAUUCAGGAUUAGACCCAACCGUUGUAUAAAUCGUAUGCACAGCAUGCAUAUAGAUCCUGUAACUUCUUAUAUCAUAUUUCCCUUGGGGAUUCCACUCUGUAUUAGGUUGUGUUACAGCUUUAACUCAGGUUUAGUUUUGAGAUUUUCAGAUGUACAGUGGCUUGCGAAAGUAUUCACCCCCCUUGGCAUUUUUCCUAUUUUGUUGCCUUACAACCUGGAAUUAAAAAUUGAUUUUUGGAGGGUUUGUAUCAUUUGAUUUACACAACAUGCCUACCACUUUGAAGAGGCAAAAUAUUUUUUCUUGUGAAACAAACAAGAAAUAAGACGUGUGCAUAACUAUUCACCCUCCAAAGUCAAUACUUUGUAGAGCCACCUUUUUCAGCAAUUACAGCUGCAAGUCUCUUGGGGUAUGUCUCUAUCUGCUUAGCACAUCUAGCCACUGGGAUUUUUGCCCAUUCUUCAAGGCAAAACUGCUCCAGCUCCUUCAAGUUGGAUGGGUUCCGCUGGUGUACAGCAAUCUUUAAGUCAUACCACAGAUUCUCAAUUGGAUUGAGGUCUGGGCUUUGACAAGGCCAUUCCAAGACAUUUAAAUGUUUCCCCUUAAAACACUUGAGUGUUGCUUUAGCAGUAUGCUUAGGGUCAUUGUCCUGCUGGAAGGUGAACCUCCGUCCCAGUCUCAAAUCUCUGGAAGACUGAAACAGGUUUCCCUCAAGAAUUUCCCUGUAUUUAGCACCAUCCAUCGUUCCUUCAUUUCUGACCAGUUUCCCAGUCCCUGCCGAUGGAAAAACAUCCCCACAGCAUGAUGCUGCCACCACCAUGCUUCACUGUGGGGAUGGUGUUCUCGGAGUGAUGAGAGGUGUUGGGUUUGCGCCAGACAUAGCGUUUUCCUUGAUGGCCAAAGAGCUCAAUUUUAGUCUCAUCUGACCAGAGUACCUUCUUCCAUAUGUUUGGGGAGUCUCCCACAUGCCUUUUGGCGAACACCAAACGUGUUUGCUUAUUUUUGUCUUUAAGCAAUGGCUUUUUUUCUGGCCACUCUUCCGUAAAGCCCAGCUCUGUGGAGUGUACGGCUUAAAGUGGUCCUAUGGACAGAUACUCCAAUCUCCGCUGUGGAGCUUUGCAGCUCCUUCAGGGUUAUCUUUGGUCUCUUUGUUGCCUCUCUGAUUAAUGCCCUCCUUGCCUGGUCCCUGAGUUUUGGUGGGCGACCCUCUUGGCAGGUUUGUUGUGGUGCCAUAUUCUUUCCAUUUUUUAAUGAUGGAUUUAAUGGUGCUCCGUGGGAUGUUCAAAGUUUCUGAUAUUUUUUUAUAACCCAACCCUGAUCUGUACUUCUCCACAACUUUGUCCCUGACCUGUUUGGAGAGCUCCUUGGUCUUCAUAGUGUCGCUUGCUUGGUGGUGCCCCUUGCUUAGUGGUGUUGCAGACUCUGAGGCCUUUCAGAACAGGUGUAUAUAUACUGAGAUCAUGUGACAGAUCACUUUACACUUAGAUUGCACACAGGUGGACUUUAUUUAACUAAUUAUGUGACUUCUGAAGGUAAUUGGUUGCACCAGAUCUUAUUUAGGGGCUUCAUAGCAAAGGGGGUGAAUACAUAUGCACGCACCACUUUUCCGUUAUUAAUUUUUUAUACUUUUUUUAAACAAGUUAUUUUUUGCAUUUCACUUCAUCAAUUUGGACUAUUUUGUGUACCUCCAUUACAUGAGAUCCCAAAAAAAAUCCAUUUAAAUUACAGGUUGUAAUGCAACAAAAUAGGAAAAACGCCAAGGGGGAUGAAUUCUUUUGCAAGGCACUGUAUGUCCCAAAAGAUAGUAAUUAAUGAAUUACCAAAACAGCCUUGCUUUGCUGUGUAAAGCCAUGGUACCAUUGGGCUACAGAUUUCGCGCCAACCAGUAUCUUCAAAAGCAUUCAAUGAUCUCGGAGUCUCGGCAUUUUAACUUUAUGUUUAUUGUGACAUAGCAUGAUUCCCAUGCAAGAACCUAGAUAAAUUGUGCCUCCUCACCAAUUUCAACUGCCCCCUUAGUCACUUUAUCCUGGCACCGGGUCUGAUAGCUGUGUAGGCCUGUAUAGCUGUGUAAGCCUAUAUAGCGAUGUAGGCCUGUAUAAUCCUGGUUACCCAGAAGUAAAAUUAUCUUGAGAAAGUGUGUCAUUUCAGGUUUUUCUUCUGGGUGGAAUGUCCUGUAUGAGUCACAACUUAUGAAACAGAUUGAGAGCAUUGUAACUACUGUGUAGUCUGUACAGUAACAGGUCAAUGGACAGAGAGAAGGGAAAGUUAACCAUAGGAACGUUGUCAUUUGUAAAAAAGGCGAUAUUCAAUCCGAACUGGAUAACAAGUAAGCGUAAUUCUUCUCAUGCAGCAUGUUUGAGACAAUGUGCAGUUGAGCUUAUUUUCCCUUCACACUGUAAACAGAGUAAACACUGCAACCACCAGCUCCAUGAAUCUAAACAUGCAUUCUUACAGCACAAGACAAGUAUUUGUUGACAGCACUGAAACCAGUUUGGCGGCUUUGACUGAAUACAGCCCUUAGAUAGUAAACAAUAAACCAAGGCUCUUACAGUGAGGGGAAAAAGUAAGAAUGCAAUAUUCAGUACUACUAUACAGUGAGGGAAAAAAGUAUUUGACCCCCUGCUGAUUUUGUACGUUUGCCCACUGACAAAGACAUGAUCAGUCUAUAAUUUUAAUGGUAGGUUUAUUUGAACACUGAGAGACAGAAUAACAACAACAAAAUCCAGAAAAACGCAUGUGAAAUUUUUUAUAAAUUGAUUUGCAUUUUAAUGAGGGAAAUAAGUAUUUGACCCCCUGCUGAUUUUGUACGUUUGCCCACUGACAAAGACAUGAUCAGUCUAUAAUUUUAAUGGUAGGUUUAUUUGAACAGUGAGAGACAGAAUCACAACAACAAAAUCCAGAAAAACGCAUGUGAAAUUUUUUAUAAAUUGAUUUGCAUUUUAAAUGAGGGAAAUAAGUAUUUGACCCCCUCUCAAUCAGAAAGAUUUCUGGCUCCCAGGUGUCUUUUAUACAGGUAACGAGCUGAGAUUAGGAGCACACUCUUAAAGGGAGUUUUUCUGGAGAAAAAAAAUCUCAAUUUGUCUGUCAUAGUUGACGUGUACCUAUGAUGAAAAUUACAGGCCUCUCUCAUCUUUUUAAGUGGGAGAACUUGCACAAUUGGUGGCUGACUAAAUACUUUUUUCCCCCACUGUAUAUUUAGGCUAGUUACAUUAACAGUAAACCAACGCUGUAAACGAAAGACGAAUGGAGAUCCUAAUAACCAAAACGUAGCCUACAGCGAGAUGCAGCCAUGCACAGCUGUCUUGCCAAACAAAUAGGCCUAUAUAGGCCUGCUUCAGCAACAUGUUGUUAUAUGGCACGUUUCCAAUACGUACAGUUCCAUUUACAACCACGAAAACAAAUAGUGUGCCAAGAAUAACAUAAUAGAAUUAAUCUAUUUCUAUGAUGAAACAUAACGAUGUUCAUCUACGGCCCAGGGGCGUCAUUUGGGUUCUUGCAUUGGAAUUAUAUUGAAUUCUGCUUAUAUCACGCUUAUACCACAAUAAACAUAAAAGUUCAAAUGCUAAUGAUCAAGAAGUGACAGGUUCAAUAGUGUGAAAUCUCCAUGCCACAGCACCCUACACACUAAAGCAAUAUUUUGAUAAAAAACCAACCAGCUAGAUUGUUUCUUACCUUUUCAGAAGAGUUGCAGCAUCCGUGAUGCUCUCCCUGAAAUCCUCUUGUAAGAUCCCCCGUCAGAUGCCAGUUGGAUUAGUUGAGCUACCCAGCUUGGGUGAAGCCUUGUCUGCGUUAGCAUUGGACUCAAAACAGAACUUUCGACAUGGGAAACAAAAUGCUGCAUCUGCAGUAACCGAGAAUUCCAGCGGCUGCCUCGAUGGCUCAUCACUCUCCUUCUCAUUUUGGCUUUGUUUGGGUACUUUGGCGGAGCCAAUUUCUGAUAUCCAUCAUGGCAGUGGCAGAUUAGCUGGUUCGAGCUAGAUAAAUAGGCUAAAGCUAAUAACACUAAUGCUUUUUACAGCUGGCUAAGAAGCUAACUAAACUCUGGAGUGGUGGGGCGUGAGGCAGAGUUGGGUGAAACAGCUUCAACGGUAUACUUGACCCCCGUCUUUAUAAAUCAAAAUAAAAUAUUACAGGCAGAGUCAUACCACAUUAUUCACUUAGCCUACCAAAGAUGAGAAGUGUUUUUUCCCCGCUUUUUAUGGAAACCCAAAGGAGUCAUACCUAACCACCUCAGUGGCUUUCCAUAGCCCCCCUACACACACCGUGGCACGCUCUUCCAUUGUGCUGACACAGCGCAGCGGAGAUUCCGAUUUUGCGGCAACCUGUCACUCAAUCAUUAAAAAAAUUAGCUGCCGAAAUAGUCGCAACCCCUAUUACUAGCCUGUUCAACCUCUCUUUCGUAACGUCUGAGAUCCCCAGAGAUUGGAAAGCUGCCACGGUCAUCCCCCUCUUCAAAGGGGGUGACACUCUAGAUCCAAACUGUGACAGACCUAUAUCCAUCCUGCCCUGCCUUUCGAAAGUAUUUGAAAGCCAAGUUAACAAACAGAUCACCGACCAUUUCGAAUCCCACCGUACCUUCUCUGCUAUGCAAUCCAGUUUCCGAGCUGGUCAUGGGUGCACCUCAGCCACGCUCAAGGUCCUAAACGAUAUUAUAACCGCGAUCGAUAAAAGACAGUACUGCGCAGCCGUCUUCAUCGACCUGGCCAAGGCUUUAGACUCUGUCAACCACCGCAUUCUUAUUGGCAGACUAAAUAGCCUUGGUUUCUCAAAUGACUGCCUCGCCUGGUUGACCAACUACUUCUCAGAUAGAGUUCAAUGUGUCAAAUUGGAGGACAUGUUGUCUGGACCUCUGGCAGUCUCUAUGGGGGUGCCACAGGGUUCAAUUCUCAGGCCGACUCUAUUUUCUGUGUAUAUCAAUGAUGUCGCUCUUGCUGCUGGUGAUGCUCGGAUCCACCUCUAUGCGGACGACACCAUUUUGUAUACAUCUGGCCCUUCAUUGGACACUGUGUUAACAAACCUCCAAACGAGCUUCAACGCCAUACAACACUCCUUCCGUAGCCUCCAACUGCUCUUAAACACUAGUAAAACUAAAUGCAUGCUCUUCAACCGAAUGCUGCUUGCACCCGCCCACCCGACUAGAAUCACUACUCUCGACGGGUCUGACCUAGAGUAUGUGGACAACUACAAAUACCUAGGUGUCUGGUUAGACUGUAAACUCUCCUUCCAGGCUCACAUUAAGCAUCUCCAAUCAAAAGUUAGAUCUAGAAUCGGCUUCCUAUUUCGCAACAAAGCCUCCUUCACUCAUGCUGCCAAACAUGCCCUCGUAAAACUGACUAUCCUACCGAUCAGGGGAGAGAGAGAGAGAGAGAGAGGAGAGAGAGAGAGAGAGAGAGAGAGAGAGAGAGAGAGAGAGAGAGAGAGAGAAAAAAAAAAUUGUAGAGAGAAUUACAUUAUGACAACACGUUCUAUGUUCUAAGUUCUAUGUCUAAUGUUCUGUUGUGCAGGUCGAAUCGAGAAUGCCAGAUAGACCAGCAUCACCGCAACCAGUGCCAAUACUGCCGUCUGAAGAAAUGCUUCCGUGUUGGUAUGCGCAAAGAAGGUAACUGUCCUAUUUUACCUAUUGCACAACAUCUCUGCAAGUCAGAAUAUGCCUAAAGCAGAGACCUAUCCAAAUGUUCCAUAUAUCAUAACUGACUGCAUCAAGAUCGUUUUUUCAAAAACAUGCCCCUGCCAUUAUAAACAGAGCUGACAUUUCACAACUCUGUCAGUUGGCCAAAAUAUUUACAUAUUUACACUGUAAACUACAUCAAGCUCAAUUUUAAAAUCCCUAAAGCUAUUGUAAGGUGUUAAUGGGUGAGGAAAACUGUCUCAGAGUUUCAUAUACAGUUGAAGUCGGAAGUUUACAUACACUAAGGUUGGAGUCAUUAAAACUCGUUUUUCAACCACUCCACACAUUUCUUGUUAACAAACUAUAGUUUUGGAAAGUCGGUUAGGACAUCUACUUUGUGCAUGACACAAGUAAUUUUUCCAACAAUUGUUUACAGACAGAUUAUUUCACUUAUAAUUCACUGUAUCACAAUUCCAGUGGGUCAGAAGUUUACAUACACUAAGUUGACUGUGCCUUUAAACAGCUUGGAAAAUUCCAGAAAAUGAUGUCAUGGCUUUAGAAGCUUCUGAUAGGCUAAUUGACAUAAUUUGAGUCAAUUGGAGGUGUACCUGUGGAUGUAUUUCAAGGCCUACCUUCAAACUCAGUGCCUCUUUGCUUGACAUCAUGGGAAUAUCAAUUGUAGACCUCCACAAGUCUGGUUCAUUCUUGGGAGCAAUUUCCAAACACCUGAAGGUACCGCGUUCAUCUGUACAAACAAUAGUACGCAAGUAUAAACACUAUGGGACCACGCAGCUGUCAUACCGCUCAGAAAGGAGACGCGUUCUGUCUCCUAGAGAUGAACGUACUUUGGUGCGAAAAGUGCAAAUCAAUCCCAGAACAACAGCAAAGGACCUUGUGGAGAUGCUGGAGGAAACAGGUACAAAGUAUCUAUAUCCACAGUAAAACGAGUCCUAUAUCGAAAUAACCUGAAAGGCCGCUCAGCAAGGAAUAAGCCACUGCUCCAAAACUGCCAUAAAAAAGACAGACUACGGUUUGCAACUGCACAUGGGGACAAAGAUCGUACUUUUUGGAGAAAUGUCCUCUGGUCUGAUGAAACAAAAAUAGAACUGUUUGGCCAUAAUGACCAUUGUUAUGUUUGGAGGUUAAAGGGGGCUGCUUGCAAGCCGAAGAACACCAUCCCAACUGUGAAGCACGGGGUUGGCAGCAUCAUGCUGUGGGGGUGCUUUGCUGCAGGAGGAACUGGUGCACUUCACAAAAUAGAUGGCAUCAUGAGGAAGGAAAAUUAUGUGGAUAUAUUGAAGCAACAUCUCAAGACAUCAGUCAGGAAGUUAAAGCUUGGUCGCAAAUGGUCUUCCAAAUGGACAAUGACCCCAAGCAUACUUCCAAAGUUGUGGCAAAAUGGCUUAAGGACAACAAAGUCAAGGUAUUGGAGUGGCCAUCACAAAGCCCUGACCUCAAUCCUAUAGAACAUUUGUGGGCAGAACUGAAAAAGCGUGUGCGAGCAAGGAGGCCAACAAACCUGACUCAGAUACACCAGCUUUGUCAGGAGGAAUGGGCCAAAAUUCACCCAACUUAUUGUGAGAAGCUUGUGGAAGGCUACCUGAAACGUUUGACCCAAGUUAAACAAUUUAAAGGCAAUGCUACCAAAUGCUAAUUGAGUGUAUGUAAACUUCUGACCCACUGGGAAUGUGAUGAAAGUAAUAAAAGCUGAAAUAUAUCAUUCUCUCUACUAUUAUUCUGACAUUUCACAUUCUUAAAAUAAAGUGGUGAUCCUAACUGACCUAAGACAGGGAAUUUUUACUAGGAUUAAAUGUCAGGAAUUGUGAAAAACUGAGUUUAAAUGUAUUUGGCUAAGGUGUAUGGAAACUUCCGACUUCAACUGUAAAUGCAAACAUGUUUUAUACUUAAUUCAUGUAGCAUAGUAUUUGUAAACCAGUUUAGCUCUAUCCUUCUUUGCCCUCUCUCUAACCAACAUAUUCUUGACCCCUAGUCUCUAAGUACCUCCACUACGUAGUACGUAUCAUUCAGGGCUAGGCGGCAGAGGCAUUUCCCAGGCAGUGUGAAGGUUAAAUAACCGAGCCAGCCACCCUAGCUGUCAUGUGUAUUCUGCUUUGAGCUGACACCAGUCCAGAGCUAUAUUCAGCAGGGAUAUUCAUGCAGGGGUCUGAGUGACCCAACAACAGCACUGACGCAGCCAGGCCACAGUGUUUCCACAUUACCUGGAAACGCUUGGAUCACCUUCGCCGGUUGACGGAUCCAGCUUGAGGUGUCAAUAAAUAAAAUACUUCCCCCUCCCCAACGAUAAAAGUAUUUUGACACGACCCUCCCCUUGUACUGAAAAGAACAUUGGACACCCUCCCCGUCCUCCCUCACAAUAGUGUUUACAGCCACAAAUACAUUACAUUACCAAAGGUAUGUGGACACCUGCUAGUCGAACAUCUCAUUCCAAAAUCAUGAGCAUUAAUAUGGAGUUGGUCCCCCCUUUGCUGCUAUAACAGCCUCCACUCUUCUGGGAAGGCUUUCCACUAGAUGUUGGAACAUUGCUGCAGGGAUUUGUUUCCAUUCAGCCACAAGAGCGUUAGUGAGGUCGAGCACUGAUGUUGGGCGAUUAGGCCUGGUUCGCAGUCGGUGUUCCAAUUCAUCCCAAAGGUGUUCGAUGGGGUUGAGGUCAGGGCUCUGUGCAGGCCAGUCAAGUUCUUCCACACCGAUCUCAACAAACCAUUUCUGUAUGGACCUCGCUUUGUGCACGGGGGCAUUGUCAUGCUGAAACAGGAAAGGGCCUUUCCCAAACUGUUGCCACAAAGUUGGAAGCACAGAAAUGUUUAGAAUGUCAUUGUAUGCUGUAGAGUUAAGAUUUCCCUUCACUAGAACUAAGGGGCCUAGCCCGAACCAUGAAAAACAGCUCCAGACCACUAUUCCUCUUCCACCAAGGAAUGCCGAGUGUUGCAACCGAGGACAGACGAUUUUUACGUGCUACGCGCUUCAGCACUCGGCAUUCCCAUUCUGUGAGCUUGUGUGGCCUACCACUUCGCGGCUGAGCCGUUGUUGCUCCUAGAGGUUUCCACUUCACAAUAACAGCACUUACAGUUGACCAGGGCAGCUCUAGCAGGGCAGAAAUUUGACGAACUGAAAGGUGGCAUCCUAUGACGGUGCCACGUCGAAAGUCACUGAGCUCUUCAGUAAGGCCAUUCUACUGCCAAUGUUUGUCUAUAGAGAUUGCAUGGCGGUGUGCUCGAUUUUAUACACCUGCCAGCAGCUGGUGUGGCUGAAAUAGCCGAAUCCACUCAUUUGAAGGGGUGUCCACAUACUGUACUUUUGUAUAUAUAGUGUAACUAUAGCUACCCUGUUUAUAAAUAUGGAUAUCGACUUUGACACUUCAGCAUGCGCCAUGCAGGCUACGGGCCAGAAGGUUCAGGGUUCACCGAGCACCACGGACGAGCUAACUCUCCUUGCAUGUUUCAUUAGACACUACGAUCAGAGGUGCUAGGUCAGCGUUUCCCAAGCUCGAUCAGAGGUGCUAGGUCAGCGUUUCCCAAGCUCGGUCCUUGGAACCCCAAAGGGUGCACGUUUGUUUUUUGCCCUAACACCACACAGCCGAUUUAAAUUAUCAGAGCUUGAUGAUUAGUUGAUUAUUUGAAUCAGCUGUGUAGUGUUAGGGCAAAAACCAAAAUAUGCACCCAGCGGGCCCCCAGGACUGAGUAUGGGAAACGCUGGGCUAGACGUCUGCAGCUCUGUCGGCACAUCUUUCUUCUUGCAAGAAAACCCUGAGCUAGGUGGAAAUCCGAUUUUCAACAGUUUGAUGCUAUAUUUACAAAUCUAUAAAAUAUAUGCAACAAAUGUUCCACCAAUGCACCACAACCAAUAAGCAAAGCAUACCAACUUCGGGCGCUUCAACACCACAUUCAGCACAGUUUGGUUGCUGGAAUUAUAUUUUGGAUGAACAUGUGCAGGUAGCCUACAGGGUAAUUUAAAAAAAUAGCCUAAUCAGAUUAAAACAUUGUGAGUGGUUGUGUUUAUGCCACACAAAUAUUUAUUUUUACAUUUUAGUCAUUUUAGCAGACGCUCUUAUCCAGAGCGACUUACAGUUAGUGAGUGCAUACAUUAUUUUAUUUUUCAUACUGGCCCCCCGUGGGAAUUGAACCCACAACCCUGGCGUUGCAAACGCCAUGCUCUACCAACUGAGCUACAUCCCUGGGAGCGUGAUGAUCCGCAACAGACAGCACAUCUCAGUACGUCUCUCUAGACCUGUAGUAGACCCACAACUGAUCCAAAUGAAAUGAAUGGAAGGAAAUAUUCAAAUUACAGGGCUUUUGCGCCGUUAUUCAAAUGACAUUUUCAAUGCAGUUUACAGCCUAAAGUAGAAUUUUGUACUCACUUGAAAACCAUCAUGCAAUUAUUUGUUGCAAGGCCAGUCUAGGUAGGAUAGUUGUAUUGUCCCUAAACAAGAUCAUUAGGGGAGCUUUUUGAGCUGCGUGUCUCAUGUCUUCACUGUUCUUUCAUGGCCAAUGAUGCACCUGGCCUCUCUGCUUAUAUUGAAAAUGUGUGCAGCUUUUAAUGAUUUUAUGUGUGGUAUGAUUGCUAGUUAGCAUAUUAUAGAUCUGGACAAACAAUCCACCUACCACUAUUGUCACUAUGAAUGGUGGAUAGAGGGCAGGAUAGCAGUUAGACUAGACUAUAUUGACCUGGUGGUGUAGUAAAAGUUAGGGCGGGGAAAAACAUAAGGGAAGUACCAAAACACCUUGAUAUAGGGGAGGCGCAUGCAAGCAGAUGAGAAAAUGUGUCUAGGGUGGAAGAAAUGGUGAUCUAGUAAAACCUGCAGAAGAUUCAAUGUAAACCAGGGAAAAAUUCACUCCCCUCCCCAAAUCAACAAAACAAAGUGAAACAACCCUCCCCAAAGCAACAAAACAAAGUGGAACAACCCUCCCCAAAGCAACAAAACAAAGUGGAACAACCCUCCCCAAAGCAAAACAAAAGUGAAACAACCCUCCCCAAAACCCUCCCCUAUUUUAUUUUAGCCUCUAUAACCUCUACAAUGCCCUUUCUCUCCCCCUCUCCUCCAUCUCUCUCUCCCUCCAGCAGUCCAGCGUGGACGCAUCCCUCCGUCCCACUCAGGCAUCAGUCCCACUUCUCUGGUCGGCGGAGGAGGCGGUACUGGGGCCGGGCCAGUAGGGGGCGAAUUCUUCAAUGGCCAGCCUGUGUCUGAGCUCAUCUCCCAGCUGCUCCGUGCCGAACCCUACCCCAGCAGCCGCUACGCCCCCCAGUACGGCCAGCAGCAGCAGAUGCAAGGCGCUGGAGGAGGCUCCGUCAUGGGCAUCGACAACAUCUGCGAGCUGGCGGCGCGCCUCCUCUUCAGCACCAUCGAGUGGGCCAGGAACAUCCCUUACUUCCCUGAGCUGCCCGUCUCUGAGCAGGUGGCUCUGCUGAGGCUGAGCUGGAGCGAGCUGUUCAUCCUGAAUGCAGCCCAGUCUGCCCUGCCGCUACACAUGGCUCCUCUGCUGGCCGCCGCCGGCUUCCACUCCUCGCCCAUGUCAGCAGAGAGGGUGGUGUCCUUCAUGGACCAGGUGAGGGUGUUCCAGGACCAGGUGGACAAGCUGACCCGGCUUCAGGUGGACUCAGCAGAGUACAGCUGCCUCAAGGCCAUCUCCCUCUUGUCUCCAGGUCAGUGUACUGGUUGGUCAUCACUCAAAGGCCCAAACCAAAACCCCUAUACAGACACUGGGAGAUGAAUUCACCUUUUAGCAGGACAAUAACCUAAAACACAAGGCCAAAUCUACACUUGAGUUGUUUACCAAGAAGACAGUGAAUGUUCCUGAGUGGCCGAGUUACAGUUUUGACUUAAAUCUGCUUGAAAAUCAAUGGCAAGACCUGGAAAUGGUUGUCUAGUGAUUAUCAAAAAACUAUUUGACAGAGCUUGAAGAAGGUUGAAAAGAAUAAUGAGCAAAUGUUGCACAAUCCAGAUUUGGAAAGCUCUUAGACUUACCCAGAAAGACUCACAGUUGUAAUCUCUGCCAAAGGUGAUUCUAACAUGUAUUGACGCAGUGGUUUGAAUAUUUAUCUAAUCAAGAUAUAUUAGUGUUUUAUUUGUCAUGAUUUCUUUUUUUCCAAAUGUCAGAAUUUUUCUUCCACGUUAGAGUAUUUUGUGUAGAUAGUUGACAAGAAAUGACAAUUAAAUCAAUUUUAAUCCCACUUUGUAACAACAACAUUUGGAAAAAAUCAGGGGGUGUGAAUACUUCCUGAAGACGCUCAGAUUAGAAAGAGAUAAUACGGGAGGAAGUGGGAUACAGGCCCAGGCUCACAGCUUUGGAAGGAGUGUUCCUUUUACUCCCACUAGUAUUUAAAUCUAAACUAAAUGAGUCAUGCAGAUUCUAAGGUCAGUCUGUAGGUCAACAUUUCUCAUAUGAACAGCCUUUUAAAGCAUUGUAGCUCUGUCCAUAUGAGAAAUAUUGACCUACACCUCUGCAAUAGCACAACUAAUCUUUCAAUCAGUCUCAUUGAUCUCAAGUCAUUAUAUUCUCCUGCCUGCGUUCUGCACUAUAGCACUGACCAUUGUUGAACUUCUGAUUUACUUUAAAUCCAUGCUUACAUCUGUCUGUCUGUGUCUGUGUGUGUGUUAAAUCCAUGCUUACGUCUGUCUGUCUGUGUCUGUGUGUGUGUCCGCUGUUGUCCUCUUCAGAUGCGUGCGGGCUGACAGACCCCGUCCACGUGGAGUCUCUGCAGGAGAAGGCCCAGGUGGCUCUGAUGGAGUACGAGAGGAUGCAGUAUCCGGGUCAGCCCCAGCGCUUCGGCCGUCUGCUCCUCCGCCUGCCUGCCCUCAGGGCCGUGCCAGCUAACCUCAUCUCCCAGCUGUUCUUUAUGCGCCUGGUUGGCAAGACGCCCAUCGAGACCCUCAUCAGGGACAUGCAGCUGUCUGGGAGCUCCAUUAGCUGGCCCUAC